CUCAUUUGCUGCAACUUUUGUCCAUAAAUUAUUAGCCUCCUAAAAUUCCCUUUUCAAGAAAAGGAGAGCAGAGAAAUAGGGAGAGAGAUGGACAAUGGCUUCUUAUUAGAUGAAUUACUAGCUCUAAGAAAUGACUCAUGGGAAACAUAUUUCCCUAUGGAAAUUAAUGAUUUAUACAACAAUAGCUGGAAUUAUGAAUAUUUUGCUGAAAAUCCUAUUCCCAUUCCUCUUCCUUGUACUACUACUACUACUACUACCUCUUCUUUUGAGGAUUACUCUAAUUUCCCAUUUGACCAAAGCCUAAACAGUCCGUUAAUCAGUGAAUUUUACAGCACACAAUUACUAGGAGAUGAAUUAUCUCCUCUAGAGCUCACUAAUUCUUCCAACAACUGGCUUGACACUCCUUUCACUUCCCAAUUACAAGAUUUGGAGGUUGGAAAUUUCAACAUUGGCAGCUUGUGCCCUGAGAAAAAGGUCAAUACAAAGAAGCUAAAUGGGCAGCCAUCUAAGAAUUUAAUGGCUGAGAGAAGGAGAAGAAAGCGACUCAAUGAACGUCUUUCCAUGCUUAGAUCAAUUGUUCCCAAGAUUAGCAAGAUGGAUAGAACGUCAAUCGUUGGGGACACCAUCAACUACACGAAGGAGCUUCUUGCGAAAAUCAACAAUUUGCAAGAAGAAAUGGAACUAGGGCCAAAUCAACUAAGCUUGAUGAGCAUUUUCAUGAAUGAAAAGCCCAUCGAAAUGUUUGUCCGAAAUUCACCUAAGUUUGAUGUGGAAAGGAGGAGUAUUGAUACAAGGUUGGAGAUUACUUGUGCAGGAAAGUCUGAUCUUUUGCUAUCAACAUUGACCACACUAGACGCCUUAGGUCUAGAGACUCAACAGUGUGUUAUCAGCUGUUUCACUGAUUUUGCAAUGCAAGCUUCUUGCUCUGAGUUGUUGCCAUUACUUAUUUCCAUCUUUUCUCGAGCCGAGGAUCUAUCGAAAAUGAUCUCUCCGCCCUUCCAGGAUAGGGGAAAUGGAGCAGAGAGAAUUUACAAAUGCAGAAGAGAUAAAGCAGGCACUAUUCAGAAAUGCUGGAUAUGCAGGAAAAUGUCUCUAGUUUUGACCAAAUUUGGAGGAAAAUAAAAAAUGGGGAAAGGUGUAGAAUGAAUUUUCUUAAAGUAUAAUUCUUUUUUUUCCUUUUUGGUUACUUUACUACAGUAUAGAUUCUUGAUUAUUUUUUUUUGGUUAAAGUUUGGAGCUCUCUCGUUACAGGCUGCAGUGAUCUUUUUGUUUUUUAUCAUCCAAAAUAAGUGGAUUCUACUAAU